AUGCCAGCAUUGACUACAGUUGUCGCCAUCGCUGUCUCUUGCGCGGCGGUCGUCAUUGUCGCGACAGUCGUGGGCACCAUUGUCUGGCUGAGAAUUCGUCAGGAGCGGCUGUCGCUCGCAGUGGCCAAUGUCCGGCAAGGCCCAUACAAUGUACGCCUACAAACCUUCCCUACCGACACUUUAACGGAAUUGUCGCGCGAAGAAGGCUCGGCUCUGAGGCAAUAUGGCCAGCUACCAUAUGGAAAGCCAACCGAAUGGGGCCUGUUGGCGUCACGGGAAAGUCUUGUUCAGGACUCUGAAGCCUUAACUAGUAUUGCCGAGAAGGCGCGCGGACUCCGGAGGUCUUUGUCACGGUCUCAGUCCGUUAGACGGUCCAAGAGCUUCACACGACCUUCUCGGAAAAGCUCUCUAGCACCGUUAAAGGAGACACAAGUUAGACCGGUAUUUCACACCUCGAAUGCGGUCGGUGGAAAAGUUGAUGUUGAUAAUCUGCCCACGUCGGCCGUGGAAGGGGUGGUCGAGCUGCCGACGGAAAGAACUCCCCGACACACUCCAGAAAGAGACGAGGAGGGAUCUAGUGUUGCGUCUAGUUCACGGCCUCUCUCGGGACCAUGGACAGCAACGCAUCAGAGAGAGCGCUCGAGCAACCUUUUCCCAGUGAUAGAGGACAACCUACAAGGGUUCGAGCAAGGGAGGCCGCGCGCAGGAAGCAUUACUGCCCAAUCGCCUGGAACAAUGCCAGAGCAGCCUAUGCCUCCUCCUCCUCCCACUGCUUAUCCUCCAAACCGUUUCCGUCUCUCCAAGAAUGACUCGACGUGCUUCUCUUCGCUGAGCCUGGAAACAGCCGAUAGCUCCAUAUUGCUGGAUGACAGCCGAAGGGCCUCCGCUGCUAUGGAUAGUGAUUUCACCUCCCCUGCAUUGCCUCCUUGCCCUAUGUUUGCGCCGUACAGUGCCAAUGACGUUGGACGCAUGGAGUACGAGCGAAGGAGCUAUGUUCCAUCCUGCGCUGUCGUACCCGCACCCUUCGUCUUCCCUGCCAAUUCGCCAGCACGGGAGGUCCAGAGGAGGGAACCAGAUCGGACGUCGCCUCGUCGCAGUCUAACUGCACGUAGCCCAAGCCAUUCCCUGGAGCGCAUCAGUCCACCACCACGGAGGAGUGAGUCGCUAUCCAAUGCCACGAAUCAUUCGAGACGGGAAUCCAUGUACGCAGAUCUGGAUCACAUCCCUCCGUUAAAUCCCGCAACCCGGAAUACAGGUCUUCUGCCAUACUUCAGCCAGAUGCAACGACAUUCCCUGCACGGUAAUCCUCGGAAAGAACAUGACCCAUUCGUUGGCGGCGUCCCUGGUGCCAACGGGCUCACCGGCCAUCCCAAUGCGCCAGGACGGAGACCGAACAGUUUCUCCAUCCAAGAAACCUAUUCGCAGACCUCUGCAUGUCACCCCAGGCCACCACUACCAUCCGCACUGAAGGGAGGUAGUGGCCCUCGAAAAGGUCAUCGACGGCAGAAUUGCGUUCGCAUAUCAAUCCACCCACCUAUCACCUUCGGCGCACCUACAUUCUCUCCCAUGGUAGAAGAAGAGCCCGAAGAAUUCGACGAUAAGCAUGGGCGCCGAUCAGACAUCUCAGAAUUCUCAGCGUCUAAUGUCUCGUUACUGAAUUCUAGUGUAUCGUCUCUGCCAGUGGAACCGAACAGUUAUCAGGACCUCCAAAACGAACGACCCCAAACAAUAGAGAACAAUGGGAGUCGGCCUACCUCCUAUGGAAGCCCGUCGAAGAAGAGGAAACAUACGCGAAACGAUUCUGGGGACAGUUUGCUGAACCCCUCUGGCAAUGGCAAAGCCCUCCCUGAGCUUCUUACCUCUCUACCUACCACUACCGAAACCAACAUGUCAAGCACUCCAUCACCAGAGAAAGUGAUCCCCGUCUGGAUGGCGCCAACCUACAGCUUGUCACCUACGGCGUAUGAAAACUCGCCGAGUCCUGGCAGUCCACGCCGAUCAGCAGUGAAGGGGCCGCGCAUUCAGCCUGCAAAAUCAGUCCGCAGCAGCGUCCAAUCCUUGCACUUAGAGGAAAACGCCAAAUCGAUAAUGACAACACCGUCCAGUCCGGUAGACCGCCAUCCUGCUCGCUCUAAAAGCACUCUGAAAGUAUCAAGUACCAAAUUGGCUGACUCGGUGCAGCAUACAAGGGGAAGAAGGGGGAGCGUUCCGGAUUCAUCAUCGACAAUGGACCGAAGCACGAAAGAGGAGGCUAAUAAGAAUAGUAGUAGCAAACAAUCGGCAACGCAGCAGCCUAAGAAAAUGCCUUCAUCAGGCGCCAACGAAGAGCCCAGUGCAAACGGUGCACGUAUAGUCCCUAUCUGGGAAGACCGGAUCAAGGAACGACGCCAAUCGACGCCGAAAUCCACCAUCUUCCUGGUCAACGAUCCCACAGAGUUACAGGGCGAGAUAUCACCGUCGCCCAAAAACCGGAUCAAGGGUCGACAACGAUCCAAAUCAGCAUUCGUGACCCCAACUAAGAAGACAGUAGGGUUAGGGAUUGGAGCUGCGACUCCAGUUAGUUUGUAUGAUGGAGAUGGAUUUUUGAAAGAAUGA